UUUCUCAAAGUUUUUCAAGAAAACAUCAUCUAGCUUAGCAGGAAAUGGCGGGUUCAGAAACACUGUCACUGGUCUCUAAAAUUCCAGUGCCUAAACUCGGGUCUCCAAAACCUGAAAGAUGUCAAGUGAAGCAUAGGGUGUUCAUGAAUGGUAACAUAAAACCAUUUUCUUUGAAUCUUGGAAGAAAACAUGAAGGUAAGAGACCAAGAAGGCUGUAUGCUGGGUUUGCAGAGAUUGAGCCAGACCUUAAUGAGGAUCCGGUUGACCAGUUUAGGACUAAUGGCAUUUCCGCAGAAGAUUUUGUGUAUGGGAAGUAUGAUAGUCACCAUACAUACUAUGAAGCUGAAGAUAUAAAAGGUGGGUUUUGGGAAACCCUUUCAGCAGAGUAUAAUUCGAUUGGACCACCAACUGGCUUUCAAGGUUUUAUAGCAUGGAUGUUUCUUCCUGCAAUUGCAGCAGGGAUGUAUUUCAAUGUUCCGGGAGAGUAUUUGUAUAUUGGAGCAGGUGUGUUCACCAUAAUCUUCUGCAUCAUUGAAAUGGACAAGCCCAGUGAGGCACACAACUUUGAGCCACAGAUUUACAGCAUGGAGAGAGGGGCCAGGGACAAGUUAAUCUCAGAUUACAACACCAUGGACAUCUGGGAUUUCAAUGAGAAGUAUGGAGACCUCUGGGAUUUCACUGUCACAACAACUGCAGAUGAUAUCAUGAAGAGAUGAAAUUAAAGCAAUUAGUGGAUUUGGUGUUUCUUUGGAAAUGUAGCUCCAAGAAGUUGCAGGGAUAGAUGAAAACAAUAUUAUAAGCUUACAAUUAUACCUAUAAAAUGUAGAAAAUCACAAGCUUUUUUUAAUAUUUGUCAACCCAAACUUCAUUACAUUAUACUAAGUUUUUGAAAGGAGAAAGCA